CUUUUCCUGGAAUAUUUUAAAGCAAAUUCCAGUCACCAUUUCCCCUAGAAACACUCAAGUGUGUAUAACAAAUAAAUAUGUUAAAGCAUAUGACCACCAUGUUUUUGUCACACUCAGCAAAAUGAAGAAUCGUUCGCUAAUAUAAUCUAAUACUCAGUCCAUGUUUAUGUUUUCCCAGUUGUCUCAAGAAUGUCUUUUUGCUGUUGAUUUGAGUGAAUCAGGAUUCCCCAAAGGUCCAUAUAACAUCCGAUUGUAAGAUCUCUUAGAUGCGUUUACACCAGCCUGUUUCAAAUGUUCUGUUUUCAGUGGAAAUGCUAGAAAAAGGAGGAAGUCCUUACUUCCUAAAAGUCCCCCCAACUCACUUCCCUUUCCAAAUAACACAAAAACAAGCAACUCCUUUAUGGGGUGUUCUUAAAGGACAAAAAGAAUUCCCUCCUUACAUCAGCUUUGAAAUGAAUGGGUUCUUCUAACAGCUUUCAAAACCCAACAAUCAUCAAAGAAAACAGGCCGGAUUUGCUUUAGUUCUUGUUUUAGAGGGUGACAAUUUCUGGGAACUUUGCUCUUUUCAGAAAGACUCUUUUAUGCCCUCCCACCUGCUUUUUGAAAUCCACCAACCACAAAAUUUACUCCAUCCCCCUUUUUCUCUCUCUCCUUCACACACUCCCUCUCUCUUUUUAGCAGCCACAGACAAGCCGGCCAUAUUAGAGAGAUGGAAAUAAAGCUUCAGUAAUGUUGUAUGUGUCUUUGAAGUACAUUUGUGCAUUUUUUUUUUAGCAUUCAACCAUUCCACCCGUGUAGCCCUCGGCCCCCCAAUUCACGCUCUCCCAUAUCCCACCCGACUAACAUCACAGUCUCUGAAAAUGCACAGAGAUGCCUGGCUACCUCGCCCUGCCUUCAGUCUCACGGGGCUCAGUCUCUUUUUCUCUUUGGGUGCAGAAGGCUGGCCCCCUCUCCAGCUCUGUCACACACAGUCCUCACCAGCUUGUGGCUUUGUCCACAGUGCCACCAGGGCGGAGCAUGGAAGUCACAGUACCUGCCACCCUCAAUGUCCUCAACGGCUCUGAUGCCCGCCUGCCCUGCACCUUCAACUCCUGCUACACAGUGAACCACAAACAGUUCUCCCUGAACUGGACCUACCAGGGGUGCAGUAACUGCUCCGAGGAGAUGUUCCUCCAGUUCCGCAUGAAGAUCAUUAACCUGAAGCUGGAGCAGUUCCGAGACCGCGUGGAGUUCUCGGGGAACCCCAGCAAGUACGAUGUGUCCGUGACGCUGAGAAACGUGCAGCUGGAGGAUGAGGGCACCUACAACUGCUACGUCAUGAACCCGCCCGACCGCCACCGCGGCCACGGCAGGAUCCAACUGCAGGUCCUCCUGGAAGAGCCGCCUGAGCGGGAUUCCACGGUGGCUGUGAUCGUGGGCGCCUCCGUGGGGGGCUUCCUGGCUGUGGUCAUCUUGGUGCUGAUGGUCGUGAAGUGCGUGAGGAGGAAAAAGGAGCAGAAGCUGAGCACAGACGACCUGAAGACGGAGGAGGAGGGCAAGACGGACGGCGAGGGCAACGUGGAGGACGGUACCAAGUAACCGCGGCGGCCCUGCAGCCCCGGCCCGCGUCCUGUCCGCCUCCCGCCCUCCGCCCUGCACAGUGUAUCCCUGCCCGCCCUCUGUUGGUAUGCUUCCCUUGAACCAGGAUCCCAGGGCCCGUCUGGGCCCCUCCGAGCCCCUCACUUCGUAUCCCCCACCCCGCACCAAGAGCGACCCACCUCUCCUUUAAGGGACCUGCCACGGCGUCUGGGGUGUGUGGGCCCUGGGGGGGGGACAGGGGGCUCGGAGC